ACAAGGAAGCUCUUCAAUACCUUUUUAGGCCGAUUUUUCGCUAUUUCAUCAAUUUGCAAUUUGUAGCCUAGCCAGGUAACUUUAUGUGCUGUAGCUAGCUAGCUAUAGUUGUACUACUAUACUAUACUGGACUGUAGGCUAGAAUGUCUGACGAGGUACAAAGGGAUCUAGAUUAUAACCUCUGGCCCUGGCGCCGGAGAUGGCCAGAAGCCUCUUCAAUGUCAAGUGAUGGAAAAUCUGUCACAGUGCUGAACUCCCAACAUCGAGAAACAGUCAUGCCGUUUAUAUCAGACACAAAACAACAAAAGGGCAAGCUGAAUACACCAGUUGAUCCCCUCACACAGGAGUUAAGUUUCAUUUCGCCAUUCCCCGACUUCGAAAGCGGCGUUUUUCUUUCAGUCAUUUUGAAUCGUGAGGCGUUGGCGUUAGACUUGGAGGCGGAGGCGGAGGCGGACCUGUUUGAGCCGUCGAACCCCCAACUGGGCCAACUUCGAGAAACAUUCACGCCGUUUAUAUCGGACACAGAACAACAAGAGGGCAAGCUGAAUACACCAGUUUAUCUAGAUCUCCUCACACAGGAUUUCUCUGGAAUCGAGGAUACCUUAAGUUUUGACAUGAUCAAUUCGCCAUUCCUUGACUUCAAAAUAAGAUUGCGGUCUUCAUCACGCUCAGUCUUGUUGGAGGAGUUGGACUCGUUGAACGUGAAGGAGUUGAAUAGGUUGGACGUGGAGGAGUUGAAUAGGUUGAAUGUGGAGGAGUUGAAUAGGUUGAACGUGGAGGAGUUGAAUAGGUUGAACGUGGUGUCGAAGAGGUUGAAAGUGAAGUUGGAGGCGUUGGAGACGGAGUUGAAGGCGUUGGACACGUUGAAAGCGUUGAACACGUUGCAAGUGUUGGAAUCAUCGGACAUGUUGAAGGUGUUGGACGCGUUGGACAUGUUGAAGGCGUUGAACGCGUUGAAAGCGUUGAAAGCGUUGAAAGCGUUGGACAGGUUUAAAGCAUCGGACAAGUUGAAGGCGUUGGACGCGUUGAAGGUGUUGGACGCGUUGAAGGUGUUUGAGUUGGACUGGUUGGAGGCGUUGGAACAGAGUAUAGACUGGAUAAAAGUUGAACUGGAAGCUAGACUGGAAGCUAGACUGGAAGCUAGACUGGAAGCUAGACUGGAAGCUAGACUGAAAAGAAUCCGAGCUCUUCGCAUAUUUCGUUGGACACUUACUAAAAAAGUGCCCGCGUCAUUCUCACUGAAAGAGUUGAUCUCUCUCCUCAAGAGCAUUCGCUCAGGCUGGGGUCCUCCACUGGAAAUGGCUGCAAGGAUGCUCAACUCCAAGUUCUGGGUGAUGGAGGCGGACGUCUGGGCUGACCUGCUCAUCGUCUGUUGCUGGGCCAACCCCACGAUCUACUGUAAAGAAUGCGGCAAAGAUGUGGAAUUAACCACCACCUCUUGCAACCAUGUUGUGUGUCCCGUUUGCGUUGUGGGGCAGGGGAUUGGUCCAAGCUGUCCCGUAUGUGAUCAAACAUUGACUGCCUUGUUUUUCACGUCAGCUUUGGCAUUCGCACAGGAAAUCCCGAUAACAGGGAAGCGUUGUCUUUGUGAGCCAACAACAACUGCUACUAAGAGACCAUGUACUGACUCAGGCACGUCAAUGGUUACGAGAUCAAGAAGCAAACCAGCCAAGCCAAGACCUCGAACAAAACCAGUAUCAACCAUCCCCCUCACAACACCAGAUGUCCAACGACCUACACCUCCAGCUUCGACGGGGUCAUGCUCUCAUGAGAGAAAAUCCCUCACAACUGACAACCUUCCUGAUCUACUGGACGACCUCUACCCUGCCGUGAACAAGUGGUACUAUAUUGGCCUGGGUCUGGGCGUCCCUGUUCAUAUCCUCCAUGCAAUUAAGAUCAAACAGAGAGAUGACACUCUAGACUGCCUCAGGGAGAUGCUCAUCACACGGUUAGAUAUGGAAAAGCUGAGUAAAGAGGAGCUUGUCCAAUCGCUGCAAAAAGCUACUGUGGGAUUUUCCAAACUAGCACAGACGUUGGAAGACUCAAAGCAGUGGUGAUCCUAAACUAACACUUUUAAUCCCCCCAAAUCCCUCCUUUUGAUAUGACUUUAUAAUUAAUAAUUAUUGCACUUAACAUGUUUUUUGUUGGUAAGGCCAGGCAAAGUAGAUUUAUAGUCAUCACAUGGUUUUUGUAAAUUUUAUUCAUUACGCUGAAAGAAUGUUAUUACACAAACAAGA